CGGCCUCAGUCGCUGGCGGGAGCUUGAAAAUGUGAAAUCGCGCUCAGGGAUUCGGCCUGAUUCGGUGGAAUUGCCAUAUCAAGCGGGACUAUUGGCAAGCACAUCCGCCCCAACCAUAUCUGUGAUUAUAUAGUAGCCAUCUAGCGAAAUAAAGCACACACUUAUUCAAAACUACUACUGAUAGUCGCUGUAAAAAGCAAAAAACAAAGAAAACUGCCGUAUAAAUCUCUCCCAGCCCAGAACGGCUAAUCAGUCUGAUUAAGGUAUCAUGAAAUCCACCAUUUCUUUGCUACUGGUCGUCAUCUGCACCGUGGUCCUGGCCGCGCAACAGAGCCAAGCGAAAAAGGGAUGCCAGGCCUACGGUCAUGUGUGCUACGGUGGUCAUGGCAAGCGCUCUCUGAGCACCGGAUCCGGGUCUGAAACGGGAGUGGGAAUGGGCGAGGCAGUCACCGGAGGACAGGAAGCAGACUAUGUGCGUCCGAAUGGCCUACUGCCCAUGAUGGCGCCAAAUGAACAAGUACCGCCCGAGGGCGACUUUAAUGACUAUCCCGCCCGUCAGGUGCUUUACAAAAUCAUGAGAUCAUGGUUUAACCGACCUCGCCGACCCGCCUCUCGCCUGGGUGAACUGGAUUAUCCCUUGGCCAAUUCCGCCGAAUUGAAUGGUGUAAACUAAGGCCAGGAAAGUUAUCAAUAUACGAAUUUUCACAAAGUACAGUAAAACCGGAAACAACCCUCAAGAACAAGAGCAACAAAGACAGCAACAACAACAACAAAAACCACAGCAACAUCAGCGACAACACAUGAAUUACUUAUUAAUGUUAAUUACUUUCGCAACUUGUAUAAAAUGUUUGAUAAAUGUCUACACAUACCAAGCAGUCAAUUUUCAUGCUAAUUGCAUAAGCAUCGAACAUAAAAACCCAACUGAAAUUUUUAGGGGCUGGUAAGGAUUUCAGUGCCAAAAAAAGGAGCAGACGAGGAAAAAUAAAUCGAAGAAAACGGCAAAGACAGCGUGUUUCACUGUUCAUAUGUCAAAUACGUAUAUUUUAAUUAUGUUUAUUUACGAGGAAAGCUAAAGACUAUAUAUAGUUGUAAUAUUAUUUAACAUACAAAAUAUAUACAUAUUAACUUUGUAAACUGUGUAUGUUAGUCUUUAUAGGUGUAUAUGUAUAUUACGGCAGCGCAACACAAGGAAAAUGUUCACAACAGUUUUAUUUAUAAAGAGAUGCUUGGUUAAAUAAAUAAUAUAAUGUGCUACAAGAGCCUUCAAAUUCAA